AAAAUGUAUAUACUCGUUUCUAACAAUCUAGAACACAAUUGAAUGCGAUAUCUAUUCAUCUCGACAGUUCAAAAUUGCCAAUUGUAAAUAUGGAGUCGUUUAACGACUUUCAGAGUCUAGGGAACUACGAGCUUCUCGCCAUUGGUGUAGGAGUAAUUCUCCUAGGAUAUGCCUUCACCGUCCUACGAAAACCAAUUUCGAAAGUACCGGGUCCUUCGUACACGAAAUUUACAGAUGUAUACCUGAAAUAUAUUGAUAUGUCAGGAAGACGACCAGAAUACGUCCACGCUCUCCACGAGAAAUAUGGCCCCGUCGUCCGUAUCAGCCCGGGGCAUGUCAGUGUUAUGGACCCCGCCGCCACACAACAGAUGUAUUCAGUCAAGAAGGAGUUUCGCAAGUCAACAUGGUACCAGGAUUUCGUACCAGGACCUUCUAGUGUUUUUAGUACGGUCGAUGUCGACUAUCACCGACGACAUCGAAGACUUCUCGCGUCAGAAAUUUCUGAGUCUGGAUUAGUUAUUCACAGGCCGGUAGUUGACUCUAAAGUUCGCCUAUUUACAGAACGUAUCGCAGAGGAGAUGGAGGAACGCGGCGUUUCGGACAUAUAUCGCUGGGCUUUGUAUAUGGCCACUGAUGUAAUUGGCGAGCUUAGUUUUGGCUCUUCGUUCCGUAUGCUAGAAACCAAGGAGGAAAACCAAUAUAUUAUUGACUUGAAAUCAGUCUCUUUCGCCGGAGGACUUCGAGCAACAUUCCCUACUCUUAUGAAGGUUACCAAGUACAUCCCAAUCCCGGUCUUAAGUCUGGGCAUGGCUGUUAGAGGGCGUCUUUUCGAAUACGGAGCCCAAUCAUUGGAGCGACACCGUAAACUAGUAGAGGAGCAGGGAGACGAUGCGAAACCCACCCUUUUAUCCAAGUUAUACCGAGCCCGAGAGAAGGGCGACGAAACCCUACCAUUCACCGAGCUUCGCAUGGAUGCCAUGUCAUACAUCACAGCUGGUAGCGAUACCACGACGAACACCCUCACGUAUCUCAUCUGGAGAGUAUGCAAGAACCCCGACGUCAAAGCAAAACUCGUGGCCGAACUACAGACACUCCCCGCGGACUUCGGAGACCAGGAUUUAAAGGGUCUACCGUAUUUAGACAUGGUCAUUCAGGAAACGUUGCGUCUUCAUAGCGCUGUCCCGUCAGGUUUACCUCGUGUUGUACCUGCGGAGGGCGCUACGCUUUGUGGUCACUUUAUUCCAGGUGGUUACACGGUAUCAGCACAGGCCUAUAGCAUGCACAAGAACCCCGCUGUAUACCCUGACCCGACGAAAUAUGAUCCAUCAAGGUGGGAGAAGCCAACGAAGGCGAUGAAGGAUUCGUUCGUACCAUUCGGAGGUGGUAGCAGAAUAUGCAUUGGACUUCAUUUAGCCAAGAUGGAACUGCGCCUUGCGACCGCCCGAUUCUUUACCCGAUUCCCGAACUCUACGGUCUCUACUUUAGAUGGGUUCACGGAUAAAGAUAUGGAGCCUUGGUCGUUUUUCCUGAUGUCGCCAAAGAAUAACCGCUGCUUGAUCAAUGCUCAUUAGGGCAUAGAGUGUUCAACCCUUUAGCGGAUGGAAAUAAACUGGAGGUUGCUCUGCUACAAAGCCUACGAGGCUGGCUGCAUACCCACCUAGGCAGGUGUAUGACUGUAGGGCGUGAAGGCUAUUAAUCAUGUAGAUUGCAUAUUCUAGAGGAGUUGGGUUUUAUCGGCAUACAGGGAGUUGGUUACUUUGAAAUAAGAAGGUUGCCGUUAUGAUGCUUUAUGUUGGGUAAGCAGGCAAUAACAGCAAGUUUAUCUCUAAGAGGUCUGGAUCAAUAAAAGUUGCCAUUCGUACAUAUGUGGCAGUGCCUUUAGUGAGCCCACUUGUGUUGUCAGGCUCUCUAGGUACCUAGAUAGGCUGUCAUCAGAAGUCACACCGCCUACAUGUAGUACCUACUAGAAUCUAUGCGGGGCGUAGGGCGUUCCAUUAUACCUAUACUAAUAUUGU